AUUACGUGCUCAUGCGCCAGCAAAUGGAACGUCACACUGUUCUGAGUGCACGCGUAUUGCGUACGCACCCGGAAGGUCACGUGAGAGUUCACCUCACGCAUGCGCGGUUGCGGCGGCUGGGGCUGUGCAGGGUGAGCAACAGCUGAGUGCUGUUUAUUUACAUUGGAGGCUGCAGCGGUUCCUUCCUGCCUGUCACACCUGUACACCGGGCCGGACAGUUAUAGUUUCCUGACGCUGCAGCCAUGUCACGUGUGCGGCAGCCACCGCUGGUCACCGGCAUCUCGCCCAAAGAAGGGACUUCGUGGACCAAGGUUACUAUCAGGGGAGAGAACCUGGGUACCGGCCCGUCUGACCUUAUAGGUUUAACCAUAUGUGGUCACAACUGUCUGCUGACCGCAGAAUGGAUAUCUGCCAGCAAAAUAGUGUGUCGGGUUGGUCAAGACAAGAAUGACAAAGGGGACAUCAUUGUCACUACGAAAUCUGGCGGAAAGGGGACCUCAACCGUGUUCUUUAAGUUGCUGAAGCCUGACAAGAUUGGUAUUCUGGAACAGUCAGCAGUGUGGGUAGAAGAAAUAAAUUACUAUGAUCUGCGUACAGAUAGGAAUAAAGCGAUAUCACCACUUUCUCAACGACCAGCCAAUCCACUGGGUAUAGAAAUAGACAGGGCCAAUGUUCAAACCAAGGACAUUGAGACAUUAUUUCCUGGAAUGAGCGGGGACUUCAAUAGUGAGAAGUUUUCUGCCACGUGGUAUCUGAUAGAAAAUCACUCUACGUCAAGCUUUGAACAGCUCAAAACCGCAGCCAACAACCUGAGAAAGCAGGCAAGCAAGAAAAAUGAGGGGAAUGUUGCUUAUGUGAAAGGAGGCCUCAGCACAUUCUUUGAGGCUCAAGAUGCAUUAGCAGCAAUCCAUCAAAAAUUGGAGGCGGAUGGUACGGAAAAAGUAGAAGGUUCAAUGACGCAAAAAUUGGAGAAGGUUCUGAAAAGUGCAAGUACAACAGCAGAUGCUCUGUUCCAAGAAGUGCUGGGCAGGAAGGAUAAAGCAGACUCAACUCGAAAUGCACUUAACGUUCUCCAAAGAUUUAAAUUUUUGUUCAACCUUCCACUGAACAUUGAGAAAAACAUUCAAAAGGGUGAUUAUGAUGUUGUCAUUAAUGACUACGAAAAAGCAAAAUCAUUGUUUGGGAAGACUGAAGUUGAGGUUUUUAAGAAAGUUUAUGCUGAAGUAGAAACACGGAUUGAAGCUUUGAGGGAAUUACUUUUAAAUAAACUACUGGAAACCCCGUCUACUUUGCAUGACCAGAAACGUUACAUCAGAUAUCUUUCCGAACUUCACACUCCGGGCGACCCAGCAUGGCAGUGUAUUGGAGCACAACAAAAAUGGAUUGUUCAGCUUAUGCACAGCUGUAAAGACGGCUACGUAAAGGAAAUGAAAGGAAACCCAAUUCUUCAGAGCCCAUUGAUUGACAUGGACAGUGAUGGACGCCCGUCUCCAAUUAGCAGACUUAGCCAGACUGCCUCAUUACAGAGAGGAAGCAGCUUCCAAUCUGGACGAAAUGACUCUUGGAGAUACAAGAUACCACACCAAGUGGAGUUUGUGGAAAAGCUGGCAAAAGUGGUUGUUUUGCAACUUCCUAACUUCUGGAAACUCUGCAUAUCCUAUACAAGUGGGAAUCUUUUUAGUGAGACUGCAGAAAAAUCAGGCCAAAUGGAACAGUACAGGAAAAAUGCAAAACAAAGACCAAAUGUUUUCAAGGAAAUGAUGCAAGUGAUGCAGUCCCUGGUGAAGCUCAUCCGUGGAGCUUUGCUGCCAUUUACUCUUGGUGAAGAGGACCUGAAGCUUUAUGGGGGCUGGGAUAUGAAGACUGAACUGUCUGGCCCUUCGUUAGCUCAUGUUGUCCAAACUGUCAGGCUUACUUAUGAAUCACUGACAACCCUUGAGAUCUCAAAUGACAUUCUACAAUCUAUACAAGACCUAAUUCUGGAUUUACGAGUACGCUGUGUUAUGGUCACUUUGCAGCAUACUGCAGAAGAAGUAAAGCGCCUAGCUGACAAAGACGAUUGCAUCAUUGAUAAUGAAGGUUUAAGUUCUUUGCCAUCUCAAUUUGAGCAGUGUGUUGUCCAGGCUCUGCAGUCACUGAAAGGUGUCUUAGAGUGUAAGCCUGCAGAAGCAAGCAUAUUUCAGCAGGAGACCACACAAGAUAAUGUCUGCCAUCUUUGCAUUAACAUUAUUCAGGCUUUUAUAUCCACCCUUGAAUAUCUGAGCACCAAGCCUGAUGGAGAUGUGGAUACAAAGCACGUUUCAGUGGAUGUUUCAUCUCCUGAUUUAUUUGGCAGCUUUUAUGAAGACCCCACAAUAUCUCUUGACAAAAAGCUUUUAAUUGUUCUGAGCCAUUGCCGCUAUCUGGAACGACAUACCCUGCUUAACAUCACUGAGCAUUUUGAGAAACAUGGUUUCCAAGGGAUAGAGAAGAUAACGCAGGCUAGCACCGAGUCUCUGAUGGAGCUGGACCAAAGGUUAUUUGAAAACUUUAUUGAAAUUAAAGCUGAUCCUAUUGUUGGGUCUUUGGAGCCUGGCAUUUAUGCUGGAUAUUUUGACUGGAAAGACUGCCUAACUCCUACAGGUGUCAGAAACUAUUUGAAGGAGGCAUUAGUGAACAUCAUUGCUGUACAUGCAGAGGUAUUUGCAAUCUCCAAAGAACUAGUUCCAAGAGUAAUGUCAAGGAUUGUGGAAGCGGUGGGUGAAGAGCUCAGUCGGCUAAUGCAGUGCGUGUCCUCAUUCAGUAGGAAUGGCGCAUUACAGGCACGUCUUGAAAUCUGUGCACUAAGAGAUACAAUUGCUAUAUAUCUGACUAGUGACAGCAACACCAGUUUUAAACAAGCACUGGAAUCUCUUCCUCAACUUCCAAGCGGCAGUGACAAAAAGUUACUAGAGGAGCUGUUAAAUGAGUUUAAAAGCAGCAUGCACUUACAGCUGGUGUGCUUCCAGUCUGCUGUCAGCAUGAAGACAUGAGGGACCAGCACUUACUCCGAGUCCUGUACAGUCCUCACAUAGCCUUCCUGAGUCCAUGCAUAGAACUGUAAUAUGCUUUCUUUUCUACUGAAAACAACUCAUUACUGUUCCCUAAGAUAAGACAUGUAUUAUCCACAGUGCUUUAUUGUAUUGCAAUAUACUCUGUAAUGUGUAAUAAAUGUUUGUUUUUCUUC